AUGACCUCGAAAGUCCGUGGAGGAGCCACUUAGAAUCGCAAAACUUAGAAAACAACUCUCAGUCUUGCAAGCUAAGCUAAGUUAAAGAAACUGCUGAUUACUAUAGCAAAAAGCGAAUAAUAAUUAGAAAUUUAGAGGCAGCUUUUAGCAAGCAAUGAGAAUGUAGAACCGUAUUCGCUAUUCCAAAGAAUUGAUAGAGGAGAAGACAGUUUUAUCAAUUCAAUUGAAAUCCUGAAUUUCUUGAGGGAUAAUGGGAUUCAUAGCGUGACUGAAGCAGAUUGCUAUUAUGUAGUCAAGUUCUUUGACUCUGAUGAAGACGGCAGGCUGAAUUACCCUGAUUUUAUGCAAAUGAUAUUGCCCUGUGAUAACCCUCCACUUAGAGCACAGGCCACUCAAAGACCAAAUAUGUAUAUAGCCAAAAGUGAUUACCUAACCCUCGAUGUGGAGAGAGAUUUGACUAAACUUAUUAUGUCUGAAAUUGAACUGCACAGAGAAACUGAGAAAAUCAAGUAGCAAUUGGAAUCUGCGCUUGAAUACACUGAAGAAGGGGUUUACAAUUCAGUUGAUGAUUGGGGGUACGGCUUUGUAGACGCAACAAACAUUAAGAGUUUCUUCAGAAAUAAUUAACUCAAAGCCACAGAUGAAGAUUGCAUUGCCAUUAUUAGAAGGUUAGAUUUAGAUGCAGACUCUAAACUCACUAAAGAAGAAUUCAUCACUGGCUUGAAAGCCUAGGAACCAUACUCGAAAAUGAUAAUCAGAGAAUAAAUGGCAAAAAUAGAAGACUUGCAAAGAAUUAAAAAGUAGAACUAAGUAGAUUAGUCGAAAGGAAAGAAAGUCAAUAAGAAAGCUGAAGAGGGAGGAGUGGAAAGUGCAGUCUAGAUUCAAGCUUUGGACAGAUCUUAUAGGGACGUGCUCUCUACCUCACCCUUGAAAAAGAGAGUCUAGUUAGACUUAUACGGGGACAUACAAUACCAGUAAAAUUAAUCACCAAAUGCGCAGGCCACUUAAAGCAAAGCCAAAAAUGAGAACAUGUAAACACCGAAUAAAAACACAACAAAAUCUGCGGCAAAGCUUUCUCCAAUGUCUCAAUAAAUGAGUGUGCAUCUGCAAAACACUAAGUCUAAGUCUAUUCUUAAGAGUUCUAAUGGCUUUGAUAUGACUGCCACUGGGUCUCCAAAUAGAAUGAUGAAGUCAUCCAACUUUAAGACACCCACACGAGGUGGAGCAACUUCCAAUGUAAAGUUCGGAAUGCUAGAUUCAAAUGCUGAUUUCGGCUCACUAAAUAAAGAGGAAUCUAUAUUGAAGAGUGGUGCUAUGUUUGAUUCUUACAAUCCCUAAGUUGCUGAGCAAAUGAUGGUUAACUUGUUUAGAGACUAACUUGACCUAGAGAAAAGACUUGAGAGAGUAAAGAUUGAUUUAUCUCUAAGAACUGACUUUAACUUAAUAGAUGCUUUUAGGGUCUUUGACUCUGAGGGUAAAGGUUGGAUAAAUCCUUAAGAAGUAAAAGAUGGCUUAGCAUAGCUAAAUGUAUUUACUAACUUGGAAGAUCUUAAACUAUACUUCUCGAGAUAUGAUAAAGAUGAAGAUGGAAGGUUGAAGUAUAGCGAGUUCUGUGAUAGUUUCUUGCCAAUCGAUGCUUUCCAUGCAAGUUUACUGGCUAAAAAAGCACCCCUACAUAUGUAUCAUGGUCAAGUUCCCAAAGAGAAGGUUUUCUAUUAAGAAACUAGGGAGCUAUUUAUUCAGUGCUGGAAUACUCACAUCUAAAAUGAAAAUGAAGCUGAGAAGAUUAGAUUGUAGUUAGCAGGAAAACAAGGAUUUAAUCCUUAUCUCUGUUUCCAAGUGAUUGACAAUAAAACUGAUGGCUACUUAGAUAAAGAAGAGGUAAAUUUAAAAUUGCUCUAUAAUCACUUAAUUUAGAUAAAGGAGUUGUUAAUUAAAUACAAUCUAUAUGUAAGUGAGAAAGAAAUCUGUGCAUUGAUAGAUAGAUAUGAUAGAGUGAGAGAUGGAAGAAUUACAUACUCAGAGUUUAAUCAGGAAAUUAGUCCAAAGACACAGUUUGGCAUGGCCAGAUGA